CUUUGUGUAGCUUUCUUUUCUUUGAAAUAUCACGAUUUAGUCUUAAAAAGAUCUGAAAAUGCUUCCCUGCUCAUCGUCCGCGCAGAUGGAGGGUUGCGAGGAGGAGAGGGACGCACACAUGCAAACAGAGUGCAACAGGCUGACUGAGGAGAGGGACGAGGCCGAGAGACAACUCAAACACAUCAAGAGAGUGUCUCAGAUGGUGAUUGAGGAGGUGAGUGUUCUGCAGACUCAGCUGGAGAUCGAGAAGUCGUGCCGGGAAAAUGCAGAGGCCCUGGCCACAAAGCUCAACUGUGAGAACAGGAAGUUGAAGUACCUGAGCCUGUCGUCUCGUCCGUGUUUGGACGAGCUGCUUCCCAGCAUCUCAGACUGCAUCGCGCUGGAGACGGACGUGGAUGCGGACGCUGCAGACGGCAGCUCCGACACCUUCUCACAGUAUCAACAGCAGGUUAAAGAGCUGAGGGAGACGGUGAACAGCUUGUUGGAGGAGAAAAAGAAUUUUGUUUGUCAGAUUCAUGACCAGCAGAGACGGAUAGAGGAGCUGACUGUACAGUCAGAGAAAGAUCAGGCAGAGAUGAAGGAGCUUCGUGAAACUGUUGAGCAGCAAAGAAAAACCAUCAAGAGAUUUAACAGAGUCUCCAUGAUGGCAGCUCAGGAGUACGAGGGGAUGAAGGACCAGCUGGACUUGGAGCAGACCCUGAGAGUCAAAGCUGAGACUUACGCUCAUGAGAUGCUGGUGAAGCAGAAGGAGGCCAACAGGCAGAGUAUGCUGCUGCUGCAGAGUGCUGAGCCCAGCGUUCAGCUGCUCAAAGCUCUGGAGGACGUCGCUGCUAUCACCAAAACCCUGGAGGAGGAGCGUGUGCAGCAUCAGCAGAAGGUGCAGAGUCUGGAGGCCCAGCUGGAGCAGAGCUGUGUGAAGAAGCAGCUGGAGGCUCUGCAGAGGCAGCUGGAGCUGCUGGAGGUAGAGAAGAAGGAGGUGGAGGGACGACUGGAGCAGGCAGAGAAGAAGAACGAGGAGCUGGAGAACAGAGUCCACGAGCUCCAGGAGACCCAGAAAAAGAUCGCCAUGACGACCAGCACAGCGCCCCCUCCCCCCGAACCUGGGUUGGCACCGCCUCCCGCACCUCCCCCACAGCCACCUCCGCCGCCUCCUCCUCCCCCUCCGCCACCUCCUCCACCUCCCCCAUCGAGAUGCAACCCCCUCAGCUCUCUGAUAGCCAUCAUGAGGAAGUCUUCAAAAGGCUCGAAAGCCUCUGUGAAGGCAGAGCAGCCUCCAGUUGCUGAGGGUGUGGACGAUGUGAAGGUGAAGGCGGUGAAUGAGAUGAUGGAGAGGAUCAAACAUGGCGUCGUCCUGCGGCCCGUCAAGAGUCAGGACAGCAAGAGAAUAGCAGUAAAACAGCCUCCAACAUGUGAGGAGAAACAACAGGAGAGCGCCAUGGACGAACUGAAAGGCAUCCUGGACACGGUGAAGAGGAGCCCCAGCAGAGGCUCCCAGGAGUCAGGGCCGUCCCCGCCGGGGAAGAAGGACAGUGAGCUGGAGGUCAUCUUGAGACGCAGGCGCAACAAGGCGGGAGAGGCUGGCUCCGGAGAUGAGCGCGAAGGCCAGAUGAGCCACGUCUCCUCCUCCGACAGCCUGAACGGGAGGCGCACCAGCAGUGACUCAGGCAAAGAUCCAGAGGUGCCGGGGGGACUGAGUGUCCCCUCUGACCCGCCUGGAUCCAGGGUCAGCACGGAGAGAAGGGGGUCGGGGCCGGGACCCAUAGUGGCCAGGAGGAAGAGUUCUGACACCGGCAGAGAGGCCAGAGAGGGCUCCUGGCUGGAGAGGAGGUCCUGCAGCUCUCUGUCUGAGAAGGAGACGGCAGAGUCUCCAGUCAGCAACGGCUGCAUCAACAGUGUCGUGGAGGAUGAUCGAAAUGUGACGGAGGAGUGUGUCCAGUCAAACGGAGUCGACCACGGCGAACCCGGCGAGGAUGCACACGCCGACGUCUGCGUCGGCCCGGUCAACGGCAGCGCUGAUGCUGAGUGCUAGGAUGAGGAUGUGCUCUGAGGAUCCAGGGUUUUGUUUGUGUAAUCUGAUCCAGGCAUUUACUGACCGAUGUGAGAUGUGUCACUGGUGUUUACUCUCAGAUCAGAUGACUUAGGGUGCGAUCACACCUUGGAAAAGUUGACUCUGUCGUACUUUUGUAUUUACAUUUUUCUGAUUCACAAUAACCAUUUAAAAACUAACUACAGUGGGGCCUGUAAAGAAAAGUUACAUGACUAACAUGCAGCUAAUUUAUUGAUUUAUUUAUUUAUUCUUUUGGUCCAAGCAAUUCCCUGAAGCUUUUUCACAGCUCUAACACAUGGAGAAAAAGCGGAUAUGAGUUUAACUCUCAUCGUUCUCAUGGGAACGAAUGAGUUUCGAUCAACUGUUCAGGAUGUGCUUGGUGUGAACGCACCCUACCGGGUCCAGCCACUGUAGAAAUGUUCUCAAACGCAGACUGUAACUGUUCAUCGAUAAUUAAGACAUAUGCAAACUGUUGUUCUUCUCAGUCUGAACCGGCUCGAGUGUAAAAUUCAUGUGGUAGUUCAUGACUCUGCUGGUUUUUAAAAUAAAGGGAUAAAACUGAUUAUGUUUAGGAUUGAUAACAGCUCCCCUGCUCAGGAUUUUCAAUAUUCCUAUGACUUGUUCAGGAUUCAUGUGAAUGAAACUGUUGGGCCUCACAUCUCACAGUAAAUGAACACUUUGGCCAGUAAAUUAGUCAGUGGCCAGUAAAUGUCAGUGCAGGUCAGCUGCUUAUUUUUAAUAGUGUGUGAGAAAAGCACAUCCAUGAGAGCACAAACCACAGCGACGGUGCCGUGAGUGUGGAGCUUUCUCCAGUGGCUGGUACUUCAGUAACCAAUAACCAGAGCAUUUAUCAAUCUGUGCAUCCGUUCUUUCCUUUGAAGGUGUCUUAAUACAAACCUGUGGAUCCCUGAGGACAGACUGACUGAACUUUGUGAGGGAAGCUUCACUUUUUUGCACAGAGCCUCAGUUUUCUUCAAACACUCUGACUUGUACAAUGACUGCAAAGCUUUGGGUUGAUGUUUUUUUCUAUUGGAUGCACAAAGGAUCUGUUCGGUAUCACUUUGUGUCAUCAGAAGGAAUGCACUGUACUGUCCUGUUAGCCCUCCAGCUUCUUCUGCUUCUCCUCCACCUCUUCUUUACUCCCAGUUUCCGUGAGGGCUGCACAAUUGAUUUAUGUACAAUCACAUGAUACUAAUCAUAAUUAGCUUCAUCAGUGAUAAAACUGAAACGCAGUUUGCUUUGUUAAAUGUUGCAGUAAAAAAAAAAGUGUUGAAACACACUUUUUGGUUUAUCCAAACAAACUGUAUCCACUAAUGAAGACUGUGAGAUGUGGCUGAGAGCUCCAGAAAAACAAGCUCUCACUGACUGAUGUUUUCGGUGAUGUCGUCAUUGUGCAGCCCUGACUGUAGAAUACAGGUAUUUAGAUUAUCUCAUUCUGUUUAAUCCAACCUCUUCCUGAGUCUCAAUGGAGGGAGGCUGAGCGAAAACAUCCAGGAACAAUUUUUAAAACCAGGGUUAAAGAAACUGACACAUGUGGAAAGGCACGUUUCCUUUCUUCCACUUUUGCUGCUGAGGCUGAAGUCCAGGUUUCAGCGAGUCGACUAUCAGUGUGUCAUAAGGCUGUGAUAUGGAAAAUGUGGAAUAGAGAUGUGACUGAUAUUUUCAGUUUUACAGGAAUAAAACAACACAGACAGGAGGUGGGUUUCCAUCUGGUUUACAUGCAUGUUCUUCAGUAAUUGUUUGUCAUCUGUGCAGCGCCAUCAGCUGUUUAUCUCAAUUAACCAACUUAUAAUAUGCAGAGAAUGGAAAUGCGCAUUAAGUCAUAUUUGGUUAAAAUUUACAUUUGGAUGGAAACCCACCUUACAGCACAGUUCCAACUAAAUCACAGCAAACAGAAAUGUUCUCAGGGUCCAUGGGACAAAGUUUCACCAAACCCACUUCGGGGGCCUUGAUAAGGAAACGUGUGGGAGAAACUAACAGAGCCAUUUCUUUUUAAAGUAGCAGUGACAUAAACAUAUGGUUGGAACAGCUUUGGAGGAAUGAGGUGCUUGUGUACUUUGUCUACCUCUCCACAGACACCUGCCUCUAAACCUAUUAUGUCCUGAAUAACAGUUUGUGGUGUUAAAACUCAUGAGAUGCUGUCAUAGUUCCUGCACCAGAGACAAGAGGUCUUCCACAUGCCUUCCUACACCGAAUCAGCACUGAGUCCACAGUCCUGUGAUCUGAGACACCCUCGUUGUUUCUGUACUCGCUCACCAUCUCACUUCAGCGUGCAUUCCUUGGCUUUUAUUUUGUAGGGCCUGCUGUCUCUAUAUAGCUUUCCUGACACAUGAUGCAACAUUAAGAAAAUUUUUGAAGAGUAUGCAAUUACAUACAGCACAUUUGUAUGGUGCUUUCACACCUUGUCAUUCUUUCUUAAAACACAGAACACAUUUAAAAUCACAUUUAUAAGUACAUUCUGUUCCGUCCUUUAGGUGUAUUUUAUUCUAAUGCAAAGGACCAGAUGUUAAGGAGCUCAUGAACCUUUAGGCUGCACAUAAAACAACUCAUUAGGACUAUGAAGCUGCCACAGGCCUGAAUAUUAUGCAUAUCGAGGCCUUGUACAGGCCCUCAGACGGCUGUGGAGUUGGCCUGCAGCUGCAUUAUGUUUUGGGUCCUUGUACUGAUUGCAUAGUUGUUGACCAAGUGGCUACUUAACAAAAGGGUUUACUGUAUCUGACAGAGUUUGCGUGACUAUAGAUAUUGUGUGUGUUUGGGAUAUAAAUGAAGUGUUCA